UGCGGUCACUCUAAACGAACGGAAUUGAAAAAGAGUCGCGGACGGAACGGAUUCUUGGAAACUUUGCUGUGGAAGCCGAUUUAAAGCAGUUUAUUGCUAUUAAAUAAGAGUUAAAAGUGAAGGCGAGCACCAGUGUUUCAGUGACCAUUUUUACAUAUAUAUAUUUAACGAAUUUCUCUCGUAAAAGUCUCGUCGCGCUUCCAACAAAAUCAAGAUUAAAAGCCAGUUAACAAUUAAACCAAAUACAGGUCGCAAGACUUAAUAACAACAAAUUUGGAAUAAAUCACCAGCGCCGACUGCGACGCCAACGCCAUUCUCUUUCUGCUCUUUAUUUUCGGUGCGCGCGUCGCUUUCUUACCCGCAGCCCAGCAGCGCAGCAGCGCAGUCGCAGCAGCUGAAAAAUAUUAACGAAACACGGGGAAAAGUGUAAAUUGAACAACGGGGCGCUGCGAUUUAUAUAACAACACGAAAUCGAAAACAACAAAACAAAGCAAACCUGUUAUUAGCUGUUUUGUGUAUGAACGUGUGCUAAACAAAUUCUCGGCUUCAAAACACACACAAAUAUACAUUUUCAGAAUACAAAAAAAUACACAGAAAAUAGUCGCAAAAUGCAAAAUUGAUCGGGAAGAGCAGCAUAUAUCAUCGUGUGUACAGUGGAAUAGUGUCCCCCCCCAUUGAGUCGGCCAAAAUAGUUAAGCAACAAUAAGCAUCCUGUGUAAAUAAAAGUGCUAUACAUACACACAGGCUUACAACAAAAACGUAAGCAGCGGUAAAAACGAGAAGCAGGAGAAGAGAGGAGACCAACAGCAGCAGCAGCAACAACAACAACAACUACAGCAACAAGAUGAACAAGACCUGUGCGCGUUGUCAGAAGGUGGUUUAUCCCAUCGAGGAGCUCAAGUGUCUGGAUAAAACAUGGCACAAAACGUGUUUCAAAUGCACAGAAUGCGGCAUGGCGCUCAAUAUGAAAACCUACAAGGGCUACAACAAAAUGCCCUACUGCGAGGCACACAUACCGAAGGCCAAGGCAACGGCCAUUGCCGAUACGCCCGAACUGAAGCGCAUCGCGGAGAACACGAAAAUCCAAUCGAACGUUAAAUACCACGCGGACUUUGAGAAGGCCAAAGGCAAAUUUACACAGGUGGCCGAUGACCCGGAAACGCUGCGGAUCAAACAGAACACGAAGCACAUAUCGAAUGUGGCAUAUCACGGCGAUCUGGAGAAGAAGGCCGCCAUGGAGAAGCAGCGAGGAUCCGCCGAGGUGUCCGAUAGCAGCAAUGAAUCGGAAUAUUUCUCUGAGCAAUUGGCAGCUGAACAAUUAUCGCAAUAUGCACCCACAGCCUCACCCAUACCGCCAGCAGUGACAACACUACACCAGCAACAGCAGCAGCUGCAACAUCAGCAGCAGCAGCAAUAUCAGCAGCAACUGCAACAUCAGCAGCAGCAACACCAACACUAUCUGCAACAGCAGCAACAGACCCUGCCACCGCCACCCAUACAACACCAGCAAUACAACACAGCGGCCAUAACGCCCACAUACCAACAGCUACAACAGCAACAACACCACCAGCAACAGCGAGCCCAACAACAACAACAACAACAUCAGCAGCAGCAACAGCAACUGCACGAUCCCUAUGCCCAUUACCAGCAACCGCAGGCACUGCGCCAGCAGCACCAACAGCAGCUACACCAGCAGCAGUUGCUGCAACAGCAAGCCAUUAAACAUGCCUCACAUCUGUAUCCCACAGCAACAUCCCAUCAGCCGCAGCAGCAGCAGCAGCAGCAACAGCAACAGCAUCAACAGCCACAACAACAGCUGCAGAAUUCGCAGCAGCAGCAGGCGCUUAAUAGCUACAAUGAGAUGCGCUCAGCCAUACUCCAGAAUUCGCAUCAUCCCAGCGGCAACUCUGUCGAUCACUAUGAUCAUCAGCCCCCACAGCAGCAGCAGCAGCAGCAGCCCCAACAGCAGCCGCAGCAGCACAACAGUAACCCCACGAUGGUGGCAGCUCCACAACAGCAACAUAGCCUGCUGAACAACAAUCCCAGCAACGGCAACAUCGUUGGCGGCGGCGGCGUUAGCAGCAAUCACAGCUUGAACAAUAAUAAUGGCCAUGGUCAGCAGCAGCAACUGCCGCAGCAACAACUGCCGCAGCAGCAGCAGCAGCAGCCACAACAACAACAACCGACGACCAACAACAGCCAACAAAUGCUGCCGCCACAAAUGAGACGCUCGGCGGCCAGUGUGACUGGAGUAGUUGGAGGAGGAGGAGGAGCACCAGCCGGACCAGGAGUUCAGCAGCUGUAUGCCUCACCCAAUUAUGCCACGGUUUCGCCCUCGGAGAACGCCAUAAAUACCAAGAAUGCCAGCAAUGGCCACGUGCCCAUGGUGGCCAGCGGUGGUAAUAUCGGAAAGAUAGCCGACUACGAUCCGUUGACGGAUGGGCCAAGGGUGGUGCCCCAGUCUGGCAGAUCCAGCACCACAUUGGUCUACAGCUCUGCAGGUGGCAACAGUGUGUAUCCCAAGAGGAUUGGCUCCAUUCAGGACAUUGAUCCAGCCAAUGGCAUCUACGGUUCGCUGAGUGGUGCCGAGCAGGCUCUGCAGCAGCAAAAGCAGCAGCAGUACUAUCAGCAGGUGCAGAUGAUGCAGCAGCAGGAGCAUCCGCCACAACAGCAGCAGUUGCGCCAGCAGCCAUCCUACGUCUCCCUGCAGGAAAAACAGUCGCGCCAAAGCGGUGCCUUGCGUGUGUAUCGGGCCAUCUAUGACUACGAGGCGCAGGACGUCGACGAAGUCAGCUUUUCUGAAGGCGAUGUCAUCUUUGAGGUGGAAUCCAUUGACUCUGGCUGGAUGACCGGUCGUGUGGAGCGAACCGGCAAGACCGGCAUGCUGCCCGCCAACUAUGUGGAGCAGGCGGUUAUAUAAUAGGGAAUGUUCUACUACU